AUGUAUGCCAAAAUAGAAUCAGAACGGCUUUUAUUUAUACGAAAUAAUCAGUCAAAAUUAAGAGCGGAAGAUUACAUUCAUUUACGUGAUGCUAUAGAAAAUGACGGUCAUGUGAAUGACAUUGGACAACUUCAUAUUUUACCUUCUUCAUUUACAGGAGGUCCAAGAUACAUGCACGAAAAAACUAUGGAUGCCAUGACUUACGUUCGUAAUUUUGGAACUCCAAAUUUGUUCAUUACAUUUACAUGUAAUCCAAAUUGGACAGAAAUAAAAAGAGAACUCAAACAUGGUCAAACCCCACAAGACAGACACGAUAUUAUCGCUAGAGUUUUUCAUCAAAAAAUUAAAGUUCAAAUGAACUUAAUUGUGAAACAUCGUAUAUUUGGUGAAACGCAGUGUUAUAUGUAUACUGUUGAGUGGCAAAAACGUGGUCUUCCUCAUGUUCAUUUACUGGUUUGGUUAGUUGAUAAAAUUAGACCAAAUGAUGUCGAUAGUAUAAUAAGUGCUGAGUUACCAAAUCCCGAUAUUGAUCCUGAACUAUUUGAAAUAGUUAAAAAACACAUGGUGCAUGGCCCAUGUGGCUAUAUGAAUCCAAAUUCUCCAUGUAUGGGAGAAAACCAAAAAUGUUCAAAAAGGUAA